GUGUGGGCUCCAUCUACAUCCUUUACAACAUAAUCAACAAUUUUCUACUUCUUAUUAUUUAUUUGAAUAUGAACCUCAAAAUUCAAAGGCCUUCCAAGAACAUUUCACUAUAAAAGAAAAGAAGGCUCUCCUUCUGUUUAAUACACAUCUCAAUUCUCACAGGCCGUCCCGUUUCGAAUCUAUCAAUGGCAGAAGCAACAAAGAGGUAUGCAGUUGUUACUGGAGCAAACAAAGGCAUAGGAUUGGAAACUGUCAGGCAGUUGGCCUCAAAGGGGUUCACCGUAGUCUUAACUGCCCGAGAUGAGAAGAGGGGUCUUGAAGCUGUUGAGAAACUCAAAGAGUCUGGCCUCUCUGGUCAAGUGGUUUUUCAUCAACUUGAUGUAGCUAACCCUGCUACUGUUGCUUCCUUGGCAGACUUCAUCAAAACCCAGUUUGGGAAACUCGAUAUCUUGGUGAACAAUGCAGGGAUUUUUGGAAGCAUAUUAGAUGGUGAUGCUUUUAAAGAUGUAAUAGCCUCUGGUGCUGCGGAAAGAGGAGGAGUUGAUUUGAGUAAACUAGUGACUGAAACUUAUGAGUUCGCAGAAGAAUGCUUGCAAAUAAACUAUUAUGGUGCUAAAAGAACAGCUGAAGCACUUAUCCCACUCCUCCAGUUAUCUGACUCACCGAGAAUUGUUAAUGUUUCGUCUGGCGCGGGGAAGUUAAAAAACAUACCAAACGAUUGGGCUAAAGGAGUUUUUACUGAUGCCGAAAACCUAACAGAAGAGAGAGUAGAUGAGGUACUGACUGAGCUUCUAAAAGAUUUCAAGGAGGGUUCACUUGAAAGUAAGGGCUGGCCCUCUAUGCCUGCCUACAUAGUCUCAAAAGCAGCACUGAACGCAUAUACAAGGAUUCUAGCAAAGAAGUACCUCAAUUUUCGCAUCAAUUCGGUCUGCCCUGGCUUUGUCAAAACAGAUAUGAACUGCAAUGUUGGCGUCUUGCCUGUCGAAGAAGGUGGUGCCAGGGUUGCGAAGUUUGCAUUGCUGCCCAAUGAUGGCCCUACUGGCUCCUUCUUUGUUCACAAUGAAGUGUCAGAUUUUGAUCAUGCUUAUUGUGUACACGUACCAAGUACCCUAGAAAGAUCAGUGGCUGGAAUUAAGGGGUUUGACGAAGUAGCAUUCUCCUUGUUCCAAUCAAGGGGAGAGAGUCUUGGAACAUUUCAUUAUAAAAGAAAAGAAGGCUCUUGCUGUUUAAUACACGUCUCAAUUUUCACAGACCGUCCCGUUUCGAAUCUAUCAAUGGCAGAAGUAACAAAGAGGUAUGCAGUUGUUACUGGAGCAAACAAAGGCAUAGGAUUGGAAACUGUCAGGCAGUUGGCCUCAAAGGGGUUCACCGUAGUCUUAACUGCCCGAGAUGAGAAGAGGGGUCUUGAAGCUGUUGAGAAACUCAAAGAGUCUGGCCUCUCUGGUCAAGUGGUUUUUCAUCAACUUGAUGUAGCUAACCCUGCUACUGUUGCUUCCUUGGCAAACUUCAUCAAAAUCCAGUUUGGGAAACUCGAUAUCUUGGUGAACAAUGCAGGGAUUGGUGGAAGUAUAGUAGAUGGUGAUGCUUUAAAAGCUGCUGUAGCCUCUGGUGCCAUGGAAAGAGGAGAAGUUGAUUUGAGUAAACUAAUGACUGAAACUUAUGAGUUAACAGAAGAAUGCUUGCAAAUAAACUAUUAUGGUGCUAAAAGAACAGCUGAAGCACUUAUCCCACUCCUCCAGUUUUCUGACUCACCGAGAAUUGUUAAUGUUUCAUCUUCCAUGGGGAAGUUAGAGAAGAUACCAAGCGAUCGGGCUAGAGGAGUUUUUACUGAUGCUGAAAACCUAACAGAAGAGAGAGUAGAUGAGGUACUGACCGAGCUUCUAAAAGACUUCAAGGAGGGUUCACUUGAAAGGAAGGGCUGGCCUUCUUCUAUGCCUGCCUAUACAGUCUCAAAAGCAGCACUGAACGCAUAUACAAGGAUUUUAGCAAAGAAGUACCUCAAUUUUCGUAUCAAUUCAGUCUGCCCGGGCUUUGUCAAAACAGAUAUAAACUACAAUGUCGGUGUCCUACCUGUCGAAGAAGGGGCUGCAAGGGUUAUGAAGUUAGCAUUGCUGCCCAAUGAUGGCCCUACUGGCUCCUUCUUUGUUCACAAUGAAGUGUCGGAUCUUUGAUUGAAGAAGAUCCAUUUAUGCAAAUUUAAUACGAUUCGCUUAUUGGGCAACAUCUUGUACUGUAAUGUAAUUUUAAGUAUUUUGGACACCAACAGAUCCUUUUGACGUUCUUUCUACAUUCAAUAAGAGGAUGGCAUAUAUGAUGUUUUAUCUA